UUCACGCUUUACGGCACAAAAAAAUUUAAUGCGGAAGUGGGAAUGAUGUUGUGAAAAUGCAGUCUUUUUCAGGGAUAUAAACGUUCAAAAUGUGGAGUCAAUUGCUUUUUCCCCUAUCAGCCUUCUUCCUAGUGUUGUCUUUUAGUAUUUGCACAGGUCAAGAAGAAAAACCAGACCAAAAUUUUGACGACAAAAGAUGUAAAUGUACAUGUCCAUCCCUUACUGUGGUCAAUGAGACGGAAAAUAAUCGGAGAAUAUACAUAUCCACUGUGAAAUCAGAAGAUUGCAAAUGUGAAAAUGUGGUCAAUCCUCUUCCGAAAAGAAGCAAGGAGUUCUGUCCUCUCUGCAAAUGUAAAUAUGAAAUCAGAAAUACAACAACUAUAAAGGUUGUGGUGUUAAUCAUCAUCUGCAUUGUCUCAUUACUGGUUGUCUACAUGCUGUUCCUGCUGUGCUUGGAUCCCUUGAUGAACCGCCGCCCUAAGACUUAUCAAGAACAACAAAAUGAGGAGGUGAAUUUGGAAAAUCAAGCUCUCAUGACAUACAUAUCUGUCUCGGGCGAUGACCAGACCGUCACCCGAAGCACCCCUAGCACUGUCACGGGCGCCGUGGGCCGCAGUCGCAAGGCUAGUAAUCUCGUCAAUCGGGUCAAGGACACUCAAGAGAAGUGGAAAGGAACUGUGAAAGAACAGCGGAAACACAUCUACGAUACACAUACUAUGUUGAAUUAGAAAUAUUGACUCUGUGAGGCUUAGACCUUAUUGUAAAAUUUACUGGUUCCCAUUCUGUGAAUGCAAUCAUGAUUAUAAAUUUCGUUGUAUAGUCGGAUGUCGUUUCAAGUAUUAUGAGUUUACACCGUAAUAUAUUACUGUACAACUAAAACUUUGCUUCAUGGAUAAAUGUGUCCUAAAAGAAGACAAGUUUUGCUGGUGUAUUAAAAUUCCAGGCUUCUUGAGCCUUGUCUUUGUUUCCUUGUUAGGCCUGACUGUGUAGUGUCUUUCAUUUUCAUCAACAUCAAAAUUGUGCUUAAAUUUCUGUAGUAGUUGUAACGAAAAACAUUUCAUGCCUAGUUCUGUCAAUGUUUCUUUAUCUGUGUCCUGACGACUUGAAAUGCUUGGGAGGGUGGUACUGCAAGCAAAACUAUGCUGGACUCCAUUUACUUCCCAAGAUCAUCGCCAACAGCUAACUAAGUCUAUUCUAUGUUAAUGCAUUUUUCAUAUUAUUUAUUGAAUAUUAGAGAGAUAUCUGUAUUGUAUAUAGAUGCACAAUAGACUUUUUUUGUACAUUUGGUGUAAAUUUGGUGUAAAUAAAAAUCUGAUGUUAAUUGUCGAUUAA